ACAGUGCGCGGACAACCAGGCGUGUUCCGGCUGCGACGAGACAGGACAAUGUACAACCGAGUGUCACACUGGAUACUUCGGCAGAAAGUGUAAAUCACCAUGUAACCCAGCCUGCAAGAAUAAUGCGUGUAAGGCGACUGGGAAUGGCAUUGAGGAAUGCACCGAAGGUUGUAUACCUGGUUAUGGUGGUGUACACUGCAACAUUCAAUGUGAGAAUAAUUAUACAAUAAACGAUGUGUACUGUCUUGAGGUGUGCAACCAACACUGUCGUUUGAGCUCCAACACAAUUGACACAAUCAGAUGUCUGGUCCCUGGUGAACGUGCUUCAGUGUUUUGUACAUCUGAGUGUCACAGCCAGAGUGGCGAGUGUAUCCAUGGCUGUGUAGGAGGCUGGUAUGGUCCACGGUGCUCCUCUCCAUGCAGUGCAGGUUGUAGCGGGGGAAGGUGUGAUGCUGCAGGUGCGUGUGUGGACGGAUGUAGACCUGGGUAUUUCGGGAGGGACUGUCAGCCCUGUGACCGCUGCAAGAACCACACCUGUAGCUCACAUAACGGGGUCUGUGUAGAUGGAUGUAGACCAGGGUAUUAUGGUGAGUUUUGUAAUCACAGCUGUGAGGUUUGCCGCGAGGGGAUCUGUGAUCAGAUGACUGGCGCAUGUGUCAACGGAUGUGACGUCAGCGAACGUGGAUGUAAACCUUCCUGUACCAGCAACUGUUCCAGGGACUAUUGUCUUCAUGCACAGACAUGUGAUACAGCAGAUUCCAAGUCCAAUGGUAUCAACAUCGGACUCCCGAUAGGCUGUGUGGUGUUCAUCCUUGGUGUCCUGGUGUCACACUACAUCUGCUACAGGAAGGGUAUUGCUGCAAGAAGGACAGAUCCGGAAGACACACUUCCCUCAAGGGACACCACAUCACGGGCCUCUCAACAUAUCUACUGCGACGUUGAUGAGGGAGAAACGGGCCCAGUCAUUGUGUUCCUAUAGGAACAGAACAGGCCCAGGGAAAAUAUGUCUUGUUGAUUCACACAGUUAACGCUGAUAUGAAAGCUUACGAGUGUGUUUGCUUAACCCUGAUGCUUUCAUACAACGUAUUUUAUUUGUUUGUUGUUUAACGCCGCACUCAGCAAUAUUCCA